CUUUCUUUGGCUGCUCCAGCGAAGCUCUCUCCUCUUACCCUCUCUUUUCUGUAUAAUACGUCCCGGUAAACCUGCUGGUCCAACUGCGUGGCUCACUUUCCUCUUUGGGACUGAAUUGAAUCCUUUGGUGUACUUUGCGCGUCGUCUAUUGUUCGAUUUCCUUGUCCCUCCUUGAUUGAAGAACCAAGUCGACUCAGAAACUCGCGCUCAGUUCCGUCUAGUGGCCUGGCGGCCUACGGUGCCUGACUUUGAAUAAUAAUAAUCCUAGUAUAAGUGGAGCAGUCUCGGGAAACCACGCGACUGCUCUCCACUCUACGUCCGAGGAGUCAGAAGCUCGAAGGGUAACAACGACCCUCAAGAAACAUUGAAAAUACCUGUUUCUCAGACGCGUCGAGCUUGCUUCAGUGAUAUACAACGCAAUGGCAACCGAAAUGCAGUCCUUCUACACGCCCUCGACCUCGACGCACAUCUCCCAUGCUCCCGCUGCGGUCGACGAGUUGAUUAAUAAAUACUCUUCCACCAUGUCGAGCUCUACGAACCCAAACGCCCCAAGUGUUAGCCACCUGAUGAUGAAGAACCCUCGUCGGAAUGCCAUACAGCGGUUUGCUGAUCGUGUUCGUCUCGAAUACUACCGGUAUGAAGUCACAUUCGGACUCUACGUCAUGACCCCGGGCGAGAAACUCGUGGCCAACUCCUUCGUGAUUGUGGUGCUAUCACUGCUCUUCUGGGCCCUACUUCUGUAUUUCCCAACUCUACUCUACCAGAAGCUGACCCGCCUCGUAUGGUUGUUGACCGGCCAUAGCAGCGAGGAUAUGGGUACCGCUUUGGGUAUCUUGGAGACUCAUGUUGGCUCUCUAUCGUCAUUUUCUGGGGAGAGUGCGUUGUGAGAGAGACCGAACCAACUCGCAUGGUAUAAAUACACAUCUCAAAAACUAUGUUUUUUUCGGUGAUUUACCUUCUGCAUUGGUGCUUUCGUAUCGAUGAGACAUUGGGAGAUCAUUCUUGGUGAUUGUUACAUAUACUUUGUUGUUUAUUAUGGAGUUAGCACGGGGCGUUUUGGUUUUCGUCUAUGUUGGAAAGCGGCUCGCCGCAAAGAUUUAAUGAAUUGAAUGGUAAGGACCGACUUAUAAUGUGAGCACGAGUACUUCCGGGCUUGGGCAAGAGAUAAUGUGUACUCGAAGCUUAAGUGUCCAGCGGGACCUAAUGCCAGACCGUUUGGACCAGAGAUCCGCCUUUUUUUUUUUUUUUU